AUGUCAGAAUUCCCCAUUGGAAUGGUGCCUAGUCAUUAUGACCACCGCUUGUCUUUCACUCAGUCAAGUAUUCAUCUCGGAAAAUGGGAAAACCAGGAGUCCACGGUGCUGUUCAACUCUCGCGUCGACCCAAUAGAUUAUAGGAAUCCAUGCGGAACGGUUUACGAAAACCAAACAGAAUGCCUUCAAGACGGUGAGUAUGUUUAUGGAAGCAUCGUGGAAUACGCGUGCAACGAAUAUUAUAGUCUUAAAGGAUCACGACGCCGGACAUGCAUUGGGAACGGACGAUGGAAUGGAAGAAAUACUCUUUGUGAGCCAGGAGGAAAAGAAUCCGCCAUUGGAAAAUGGCCUUGGGUGGCUGCCAUAUAUGACGUCACGAAGAAGCUUCUCGUUUGUGGAGGGGCACUCAUUCGAGAACAAUGGGUUCUGACCGCCGCUCAUUGCCUCGCCUCAGGCGCACGAUCUCGGGAUCAGAAAGAUUUCCUGGUUUAUCUGGGAAAAUACUAUCGGAAUGACUCCCUGGAUGAUGGAUUCGUGCAAAAGAGAGAGGUCUCCAAUAUCUUGUAUCGUUUUCGCACCGAUAUUGUCCAGUGCGGCAAUGUGUCUACGAUCAUCUUUCAUAAGGGGUACAACUUAUAUAACUUCGACUCAGAUAUUGCCUUGUUGCGACUUACCGAGCCGGUACAGUUUACCGAAAGAGUUCAGUUGAUAUGCCUCCCGACAAAUCAAUUUAUUCAUCUCUCGGAGGCAAACCUCGAGAAUGGAACUCGAGGAACGGUGGCUAGUUGGGGCGAAAAUGUCUUGGAUGAGCUGAGUGGCGUGUUGACGGAGAUUGAAAUUCCUGUUUUAUCGAAUGCCAUCUGUCAUAGGGAUACCAUCCACCUCACAGGUAGACCUGAUUCCUCGCAAACCCUCAGCUGGAACUCCUUCUGUGCUGGACACCAUAAAAAUACUUCUUUCCAGGAUUUCCAAGCUGCCUGUCCUGGGGAUUCAGGCAGCCCCAUGGUCUUCUAUACCCAUGCCUUGAGGCAGUGGCAGAUUGAAGGAAUCGUGAGUCACUUUUUCAUCAAGGAAUCUUGCUCCAUGAGGCGCCCAGGCCAAUAUACCAUUUUCACCAAAGUCAAU